AUGUUGGCUACGUGCGACAAGCCACGACAAAAGAUACACAUUGAGCCGCUGUCCCAUGUCCUGAAGGAGGUUUGCCGCCUGUUGUCUGUAGGACAGCUCCUUGUCUGGAUCAAGCCCAGCUCGCCGAGAUGGACUGCUUUCGAUUUGUUGUCGGGGAGAGAACGAAGCGAAGCCGCCAUCACUGAGAAGGACGAGAGUUUAAAAUUUCUGCGCGUCACAGGAACCUACGUCACUAAACCUAGAGGAUUGAGAAAAGUAUCUAUCUAUCGAUUGAUCUCAGGGUUCAUUGCGUUUUUUUAUACACUGGAAUUGUAUGUAUAUGGCACAAGUGUGGUCCUAAACACGGAAUACAAAAAGAUACAUUCACCACACAGUGCAAAUGAGGAGGUGGAAUUGACUGUGACAGAGGACCGUCUUAAAGAUGAACUCCUGAAGCUAAAGGUAUUGAUCCUGAAUUCUUUUGUGUGUCUGUUAACAAGGAUACCACAUUGUGGCCAAAAGUGGCUGGGCAGCAGUCACAUCCCCAUGUGCUGUGGUGUAUGCCAGCUAAAAGCCCAAGGUACUUCAUCGACCUCAAUGAAACACUUCCCCAACAUCACACUUUAUGACUUUGCACGAGGGUUGGCAACACAUGCCAAUACUAGGCAGCCAGAAAUAUUCAGACCUCACGAUGGACGGCUGCUGGAGCCCACCCUGUCAAAUAUUUUGCUUGCCAGUUCAGGGCAAGUCAAAGCCAAUUUGCCGUGGCUAGCCCAGAAAAAGGAGGUUCCUGAUGUUAAUGGCCACCCUAUCACCGGGUCAUCAGGGCGUUAUGCUCUGUAUGACCGGUUUCAUGAAGCCAAUACUAAAGAUGCCAGAGAUGCAUUGCAAAGGGUCGAUCUCGCCCCAGAAUUAUGCGGCUGGCUGAAAAGUCAAUGUGCCGAACAGCUGUUCUCGGGGAUGAAAAAGAAUAAUAAUUUUUUUAAUAUGAUGACUCCCUCCUCUCACAUGUUUUUGGUGAGGAAUAUAUUACAUCACUACAACACAGCAGACAAUUCAGCAACCAUAGAACAUACGAAAAAGAUGCUUGGUGUGGGAGUUGACAUCAAAUUUAAUUCUUAUGGACAGACAGUGCUGGGUAUGUAG